CCUCACUAGCCAGAUGAAGCUAGCUGGCUGCUUAUAAUGUUGAGCAACUUGGUUGAGUUACAGGCUAGCUAUUUAUUUUCAUGAACUGAAGUUCAAUUUCAAUAGGCGAACAACAAGUGUCAACCUAGCUAAUACUCACAAGGAUUCCUAAAUCAUUGCUAAGAAUUGUGAAAAUGACUGCAGUUUCUACAGGUCAUUGUUUUCAGGCUGGUUGUAUUGGUGCAGGCUAGGUACCAAGCUAAAGCUAGCUACCACAGAAGUUGCGGUCGAACAAAUUAAGCUUUAUUACCAACACGGUAUUGUAAAAACAUCGUUCAUGUCCGGUGUUUUCUUGUUUGCAGACUUUUUUGGACAGCUUUGACAGUGUUACAGUAUCUUUUUUGACACGCAAAGACCCAAACAGCAUUCCAUAGUAUGUAUGUCGUGAAGCUAAUAGAGCGGCUAGUGAAAGCUAAGUACAUUUCCACCUUAGACCUAACCAAGGGCUAUUGGCAAGUCCCUUUAGUCCCUGAGGAUCGCCAAAAGAUCGCCUUUGCCAUGCCGGAGGGGCUUUUCCAAUACGUCUGGAUGCUGUUCGGUCUACAUUGAGAGGCGGCAAUGUUCCAACGACUGAUGGUUAACCUGCUUAGACCCCAUCAGGCUUACACAGCCCCCUAUAUUGACAAUGCUGUCAUACACACUGAGGACUGGGACGACCACCUAAACAAGCAUGCCAUAGAUGCUGUCAGUGCAGGAGUCAGUCCGAUCGGAGACACAUCUUACAACUCCAGUCACUGGGACCUGGGAAGUGCCUUCUUCUUUGCUGGGACCGUGAUUACAACGAUAGGUUACGGGAACAUAGCUCCCAGUACGGAGGGAGGGAAGAUCUUCUGCAUCCUGUACGCCUUAUUUGGCAUCCCACUGUUUGGGUUCCUCCUGGCUGGCAUUGGAGACCAGCUGGGGACCAUAUUUGUCAAGAGCGUCUUGAGGGUGGAGAAGAUAUACAGGCAAAAACAGAAAGAAAUAAGCCAGACCAAAAUCAGAGUUACCUCCACCAUACUCUUCAUCCUGGCCGGGUGCAUAGUCUUCGUCGGUGUCCCAGCGGUGAUUUUCAAACAUUUCGAGGGAUGGACGACUCUGGAUGCUAUCUACUUUGUUGUCAUUACGCUAACAACGAUUGGCAUCGGGGACUAUGUGGCAGGUGGGGAUCGGAAGAUCAAGUACAUGAAGUGGUACAAGCCCCUGGUCUGGUUCUGGAUCCUGGUGGGUUUGGCCUACUUCGCUGCGGUCCUGAGCAUGAUCGGAGACUGGCUCAGAGUGCUUUCUAAAAAGACCAAAGAGGAGGUGGGGGAGUUCAAGGUCCAUGCUGCUGAGUGGAAGGCAAAUGUGCAGAAUGAGUUCCGGGAGACGCGUCGGCGGCUGAGUGUGGAGAUCCACGACAAGUUGCAGCGGGCCGCCACCAUCCGCAGCAUGGAGCGCAGGCAGCUGGGCCUGGAGCAGAGGACCCACUCGCUGGACAUGUUCUCCCCACAGAAGAGGGCCUUGUUUGUCAGCCUGGACCAGGGCUGCUAUGAGACCUCCUCCCAGGAGAGCAUUGACACCAAGCUGAAUAACUUGAGGUUGCGAGGGGCAGGGGAGCUUUGUUAUGAGCAGCGGAGAGGCAGCGAGCAGACCCAGCAGGCCUCAUCAGAGGACGAUAAGCUCUUCAACCUCCGCUUCCGUUCCCUCACCAAGCUAACCAAGAGACCCAAGAACCGUGACCUGAAGAGUAACAUUCCUGAUGAUGUGCGGAGGGCCUGCGAGGCAAUGGAGAAGAGGGAGGAGGACAUGGAGGAGGUGAAGGAGGAGGAAAGGGGCGAGAGGAAGAAGGGCAACACCAGCUUGACAAAUUUAGAAUACGCAGACGAGCGCAUUAAUAAACUGAACGGUUUUGUACUGGCUCAGGCCAAAGAGAGGGAGAACGCUAGAAUGUUGGAAGGAAGAGAGCUUGAGUUCCAGCUAGAGUGUGCAGAUACCGAGACUGAGUGAGAGAGAACUUUUUUUAUGUCUCAAAAUGUGCCUUGCUGUUGUUUCUAUGCUUAGACUGUUCUGAGUAAAUGGGACAGUUCUGUUCAAAAUCAAUCACUGUGCCCUAGCAAUGUAAAGACUAAUGUUGCCUAAAAGUGGAGAGAAAAGAGACUAGGCUAGGGUCUAAUUUGGUGAAGACCUAUUUUAUCUUGGAUAGUACUGGACCUACCAGAAUCUCCUUUCCUUUUUAAAGAACACCCACUUGCUACCCAGCCCCACCCCACCCCCCAACAAUAUCCAACAAAAAAGACGCAACGUGGGAUAAUCUUCUCCUUGUUAACUGAAGGUUAGCAAGUAACCCAGUGAACUAGUGUUUCACCAUCCCAAUGAGAUUUGCACCAACUAUAUACAUCUUUACUUAUUAUUAUUAAUUUCACACCAGAUAUUUUUAGCCCAGGCUGCUGAACAAAUAUGACUUGAGGGGGAACUGGAUCGAUAUACAAUGUGUGCAUUUACUGAAAUUAUGUGUACAAUUAUUGAUACAUUGGUUAUGAAAUGUAGCCCUAGGAUAAUCUACUAAUCUUUUAUAACAAAACCCUCUGAUUGUGUAUGCUUUUGACACUCAUUUGGUGUUCUAAAGCUGUCAAUAUAAAGUAUAGAAACUUUAAAGUUCAGGGCCAGAUGUCCUGUUGUAAUUUCAAACAAAUGAAAUGUACUGCAUUAACAUUUAGUACUGUUGAAGUGGAACAUCUAGAAAAUGAAGGGAUUUUAAGGGCUGGGGUUUAAAAACAAUUUUAAAAAAUACUUAUGAGGUUUUGAUGGCCAUUGAACCCAAUUCAUUUCUGUACAUCAUAAGAAUGAUUUAUUAGUUAGACAUUUUGUUACUUUGUUCUUUGCUUCAAGAUUAUUUGAUGAAUUAUUUUACACAGCAUACAGUAUGUAUGUGUGUACUGUAGUUUCCUGCAGUUUAAUGUUUUCUUUCACAGUAAAUGGAAUAUGAUUUUUCUUGUCCACACAAUGUGCUGUGCACUGUAUGUGUUGGUGUUUUCCCCUCACACAGUCAGACGAUGCAUUGCAUUCACCCAGACCAGGGAAGGAACUUACCCUAUGGCUGUAUUCACUUCGCAGAUCAAUGUUUUUGGUCUUUUGCUAUGUCUUUGUCUCAUUGAUGUUUUACUCAAUGAAAUGUUUGUCAAUUUGUUCCAAUUUGCUAUUUAUAUUUUUUGUUCAUUUUUAUUUUGCCCUAUUACGGAAUGGAGGUCUAGUAAUCAGAAACACUUUUUGAAUGGUGGCUAUACAAACUUUACUCUGUCAAAUACAAUUACAGAAUGUUUUCUGGUAUGAAUGAGGUAGCCUCCCCGCUGAGAUUCGGAUUAAAGCAGAUUUUUCUAAUUCAUGAUGUAACAAAUUAUUAUUGGAUUAGUAUUUGGAACAUUGAAUUCUGUCUUUGGUCCCUGUGGUCUUCUGCAUAGUCAAAGAAGGAGCUGUUGCUGUAGGGACGUAGGCUCACUCGUCAUAUCAAAACCACAACCAACAAUACUGGAUAGAUUGCAAAGCAUGUAGUUCUGAUAAUGAAUAACUACUGUUUGUAACCUCUAAAAAAAUGGCUUACCAUGACAAUGACCUUUCUAAGAACCCGAGUGGAUUGUCUUUGCUCAGUCUUUUUUGUUGUUCACAAUUUAUUUGUGCAAACAUUGCAUCAAAUGUAGUGAGUGCCUUUCUGGGAAUAAAUAUCACUAAAGAAAAUUAAGCUACUUUUGUGAAAUAGUUUCUUAUCAAGUGUAUCAUCUGUGACUUCAUUCCCAUGUGUCUCUUAAAGUCCACAACCACCAUUAUUUCCAAACCUGUGAUUAACAUAAUUGGAUUUCUGAUUAAGGAAAUUAUGAGAUUUGACUUCCAGAACAGUUUCACUUAGCUUUGCUUUCCGGUCACAUUGUUGACCUUGGGUGAACUGUAAGUAAAUCCAGGAGAAAUUGUGAUGCCUAUAUGAUCAUAGUCAGUGGCGACUUGUCAUUCAGGGCAGGUGGUUUAGCAUUAAUACAUGCCACAUAUGAGUUUGCAAACAAAACAAUUAAAUACAAAAUUGGAUUUAAUAAAGCCGCAUA